AUGCUCGUGUUUCUACCUUUUAUUGUCACUUUGGGCGCAACAGCACCAAUAGUGAUAAAUACAGUCGUUGUAACGCAAACAGUGGGGAUAAGUCAAAACUUGCAAACCGCCCAAGCACAGAAUGUACAAACAACAACAUCACCAAUUCAAAACAAUGAAGUUGACACUCCAAAAACGGCUAGCACGAGCCGUUUAAACUUGUUUGGAGAAAUUGCCCAACUUUUUGGCUUUGCCAAUGUCGCUACCACAGCACUAGACGCCGUGCAAACCACCCCCUCAGUUGUUGAAACCACCCCACCUACGGCAUUCACAGCUUCUUCUUCUCCUUCAUCAUCAUCUUCAUCACCUGCAGUAGCAAUCCUCAGCACUAGUUCACAAGCAACUACAAUUACACCCCUGCUGUCUGCUGCAACUUUCCUGAAUUUGUUGCCCUCGUCCCCUAAUUUAGCUCCCCCCUCGCAAGCAGUAUCCUCCUCUACAUCAUUAUCCCAAGAAACGUCGCAAUCUUCAAAUUUCUUGCUCGAUGAAGCAGUCUCAUCUACUCCACAAUCAGGCAACGCCUACCAAGCAACUAUCAACAAGCUUUGGCAGAGAUUUUGGCAAAAUGGGAAAUGGAACCAAGAAGAUAGCAUUUGUCAAGACAAUUCAUAUCAAAUGCCAUCAAUUUGGGAUAUGGCGGUCUUGGGAAAAGCCAUUGCUAAUUCAGGCGAUACCAAUGGAGUCGAAACAACCAUUUCGCGUAUUUUGGAAUACUACGACUCCGGCACUGGCGCUUUUUCAUCGACGCCAAACUCGCCACUGGAGAUCUAUAGUGACGACAAUUCACAAUUAUUGUGGGUGUUUUUAGAUGCAUACAAGAUGACAAACAACCAAGAGUAUUUGAAAUAUGCUGAAGGUAUCAUGGAUUACUUAAAAACGCAAAAUUAUCAAAAUAGUGGUGGAAUUCUAUGGCAAAGAAACCAUAGUUAUAUUGCCUCAAUUUCCACCACAGAGGUUGCGUUGAGUGCAAUGAGGUUGUAUGAAAUCAAUGGUGAUGAUUCAUUGUUGGAGUUGGCACAGAGCUGUAUGGAUUUCAUGUUUAAAUAUCUACAGGAUACCGACAAGUUGUUUUUUGAUGGUCUCGAUUCAGGUUCAUUUUCAGUGAACCAAGGAAAAUUGACCUACACUGUUGGCUGUGCCAUCAGCACAUUGGUUAAACUUGGUUCACAAGAUGCUUUGAACAAGGCUUUGGAACUAGCAACAGCAGCAACAAACAAGAAUGGUGCAUUUUAUACAUCUCAAGGUAUCUGGAACAAUAGUCUCCAAUAUGUGCAUUUGCUAUUUGUUGGAUUUGGUGAUGCUUUUGCAACUGGCAAAUUUGACCACUUCAAAGACGAAGUGACAAGACAAGGGAACUACAUCUACGAAUUUGACCAAGAUCCAAAUGACCCCAACCUAUACUUUGAUCUGGCGUCGAGUGGAACUCCAGAUACGUACGCAAAAUACUCCAAGGUUUUCUCAACGUCAGGAUCUACAUACAAACCCAAUAAGAAUCUUUAUUGCAGUGGAAGCUCGUCCGGCCCGGCUCCAAAAAGCUUGUUGACCAAUGCUAGUGCCGGUCAAAUUUUGUACCAAUUGGCAAACUACUGA